UGCUACAGACAGCUAUAUAUGCAUAAUCGAUACCGCCGUCGCGUUCUCGUGUGAUAGUGCGCGUGAGUUUGAAGCGCUGAUAUUUGAGAGAGCACACUCGCCAAUUCGCCAGUAGCUCCGGAAUACCGCGAAGGGAACACGUGGUUUACGGCAGAACUUUUCAUCGAGAAAAAAAGUGUAUUCUAAUAUUCUGCCCAACUUGGAAAUCCGCUUAAGUUACUUUGGAGCAUUGUGUUUGCUACGCUUGUGCUAAUUGGAAAUAUUUUGAAUUGAUUAUCGAAUCUUCGGGAACGUAAUAAAAUAUGAGCUGUGAAUAAACCCAAAAUAAGUAAUUAAACACCACACUAGCAUGGCGACGGACACGGGUAAUAUUAGUGAUAUGUUAAGUGACGCACCCGUCCCGUCAGUAAAGAUAAACGAAAUGGCUUUAUGGAAUGCUUCAAAUACUUUUGAUAACAUUUCUGGUUGGGAGAAUUCUACCAUUAAUGGAAGUUUUUCCAAUAUUACCGUCGAUCCGGUCUUGCAGAAGUUUCUUCCAUGGUCCCCGCCUGCCCUAAGCUGGUUAUGGAUACUGCUAAUUCCUUUGUACAUUCAGAUAUUCAUUCUUGCUGUUCUUGGAAACGCCUUGGUUAUUUUGACCUUGAUACAAAACAAACGUAUGCGGACAGUCACCAACGUAUUCUUGUUAAAUCUGUCCGUGAGUGAUCUUCUCCUGGCCGUCUUCUGUAUGCCAUUCACCAUUGUACCAAUGAUGCUCAAGAAUUUCAUCUUCGGGGAGACCAUGUGUUUCCUCAUCCGCUACUUGCAAGGUGUAUCUGUAGCUACUAGCUGCUUCACGUUGGUCGCCAUUGCUUUGGAGAGGUACUUUGCGAUUUGUCGGCCUCUACACUCCCGGAAAUGGCAGACAUUAUCCCACUCUUACAAGACAAUCGCAGUCUGCUGGGCGCUCUCCUUCGUCGUCAUGAUCCCGAUUCCCGUUUACACGGAGUUCCGACACCUGAAACGAGGCAAUAACAUGUGCAUUGAGAGAUGGGGAAACGAGGAAUGGAAAAGAGCGUACACCAUCAUAAUUGACCUUGUUCUGCUUAUACUUCCGGUUAUUAUCAUGUCUAGUGCAUACGGGAUGAUUGCCAUGACGCUCUGGGUGGGGAUGAAACGGGACGCCCAAAGUGAAAAAGAAGCCAUGAACGGCCACUCGAGUGCCCGUGAGGAGACUACGGGGUUUAUGAAGGAUGAUGACCUUUCACCCGUCACAGAAGGAUUUAGCAGUAAGACUGUCGCACCAGCAGAGUCGUACGGCAACCGAUCCAAGUCAAAGAGGCGGUUCGAUUUACAACGGGGCAUGCGUCAGUCUAACAGCGAGAAAAGCCGUGCUGCAAAGCGACGCGUCAUCAAGAUGUUGUUUGCGGUUGUUUACGAGUUUUUCUUAUGUUGGACUCCAUUAUAUGUAAUUCAGAGCUGGAUCAUUCUUGACGAGGAACAUGCAUUGAAGCAUAUCUCAAUGACACUUUUAGCAUUUAUUAAUUUAAUUGCUUAUAUCUCCUCAUGUUGUAAUCCAAUUACGUACUGUUUUAUGAACAGGAACUUCCGGCAAGGAUUUUUGUCUGUUUUUCGGUGUGUUCGUAACAAAAGAUGGAAGCGCGGUAAAAGUGACAUGUCAUAUUCUGGGAAUUAUCCUUCAAUGUCUCGGACGGCAAUCAGCACUGUUCCAUCUUAUGACAAAAUACACGACUCAUCAGACAAACCGUCUGAUGACAUGUAAACUAUUUCUUUUCUCAAACAGGAUGAUGUAAAUAGAAAACCUACAAAAUGGCUUACGUAACAAAUAUACCUUCAGAUGGUAUGUCAUGAUUCAUUUACCAUUUACUAUCCGUAAUUGCCGUUUUUUCGUAAAUAUUCCGGACUAAGAAUUUGGCUUUGCACUGUAAUGAUCAAUUGUUGAUUAAUGUUCUAUGUUCAAAGAUACAUUGACUGUGCAUAGAGAAGGACUAGUGGAAAACUACGUUCCAUUAUCAUUAAUACCGAGAUGUAUCCUUAUUUUGUUGUUUUCCAUGUACUUGCACUUUAUAAUGUUUCAGGUUAUUUAUCAUUAUAUCUAAAUCGUGAACUUGUUUCUUGACACAUCGUUAAAAUAUUGUUUAACAUGUAAUUAAUCAUUAUAUUGUUAUGGUCAUGGUAUUUCCUUAUUUCAACUUGUUUCCUAGGAAUUAAUCAACAUAUGUUUCUACGUAAUUCAUCGUGAAUUUGUUUCCUAGAAAAUUCAUCAUCGUAUUGUUCCGUAGGUAGUUUAUCAUUACAGUGGUUUUCUCUUUUGAUGACACAUACAUGUAUGCAUGAUGUCGAUAUGCUCAUGAAGUAUAAAAUCACUUUUUCAGGAAAAUUCAUUAAACGAAAAGAUAAAAUUCAGCGGUUGUAUUUAAUACUUGCACGGGUAGGAUGCAAUUCAAUUAAGAUUGCUGAAGCGCAUCAAUGAUAAGCAAACUUUGAUGCAGAAUACAGUUUCUAAUAAUUUUGUUCAAAACAAAGGGGAAAUGAUCAUAUAAUCGUGAAGAUAGUAGUGGCGUUUUUUUUGACAAAUGGCGGUUAAACUGACAGUUGUUUUCUGAUAGCAUAACGUCGAUGAAUUGCAUUCAGACGAAAUGACCUUCGUAUUGGAAGAAAAAGGAUAUGCAGGCAAUAGAUAAAUGUCAAUGAUGUCACCGUCAUAUACUUUUUCCUUGCAGGUUUUGUUUUGCGAAGAUGAAUUGCAUGCAUUUGAAAGACAAAUAGUUUUGUUGAUAUAACAUAUCUAGGCGCAUUCCAGGAAAGAUUUCCUGUAUUUUUAUUCUCCUUUGUCAUUGUUUACAUUAACUCUCCUAUUUUAGAUAAAUAAAAUGAUAC